GUCACCGCCAACUACAACGUUAAAAAAUUCUGAAUUAUUUCCACGGCAGAGCUUUGUUGAGUUAUGGAAAAGGCAACUUUAAACGACUGUGACCCUCUACUUGAGAAGAAGACCGAACUUUCUAGCUAUUUUAAUUCAGUCAUCCGCCCAUGUUUGGCUGAAUUUCUAGGAGUGUGCCUCUUUGUGUUUAUCGGAUGUAUGUCGACACAGGAUACUCUCACAGUCAAGUCUCAAGUUUCUUCAGCGUCUGCAGUAGCUCUAGCUCACGGACUGACAUCAACGGUCCUUAUUAUGGGAUUUGGAAAAAUAAGUGGAGGUCAUUUUAAUCCAGCCAUUACUGUGGGUGUGGCUCUAGCUGGUGGUAUAUCCCCACUCCUUGCACUCGGUUAUGUUAUCGCCCAGAUCCUUGGUGGUAUAUGUGGUGCUGGUUUGUGUAGAGCAGUUCUCCUCGACAGUGUCUACCAAAUAAUUUACGGCGGAGCACAUUUUCUCACUAAAGUGGACCCAGGCCGCGGAAUUCUGUGUGAAACACUUAUCACGGUUGUACUGGUUCUGACUGUAAUUCUUGUUAGUGUUGAAGAAUCUACAAAGACCAAGUUCGCCCCUCUAGCGAUCGGAUUUGCUGUGUCUGUUGGAAUCCUGGCAGCUUUCAAUACUACGGGUGGAUCAAUGAACCCAGCGAGGAGUUUUGGACCUGCAGUUUUACUGAGUGUAUCUUCUAGCCUUAGUGCAUUCAGGUCACAUUAUGUUUACUGGGUUGGACCUUUAAUUGGAUCCCCUCUGGCUGCCUUCUUCUACAGAGUGUUCUUCGCAACAGGAUCAAAACGCCUGAUAUUCCAAAAUAAGUCAUAACAUUGACGUUGUAGUGAACAACUGCGACAUACUCUACUGGAAAGUGUUAUGUUUACAAAUUUUGUAUUUAUAAAUGACUGCUGUCAGAUGGACUUCUUAAGUGUUCGCUUCUAAUAUGAUGUAAAAAAGCCCACUAAGAAACGAAUCACUAAAAAUAUUGACUUACA